AUGGUCCUUGCCUUCCUCAAAGCCCUUGUACUUCUGGCCCUCGGCAGCGGGUUUGCCUCUGCCGACACGUUCGAUUACGGCGACAGGGACGGUAGCCUAUUCCUCGACCUUUCGAUCUCCGAAGCUCAAAGCAAGCGCCAUGAAUGGGGGCUCGUCGAGCCUUGGACCAGCGACUACAUUUCAGCCCUUGAAGACAGCAGAUACGGUGACGCUAUUUGGGCGCGAUAUCAAAUGUUUGGCGAUACUUCGAAUGGCACUUUCUUGGAGUAUCCCCAAUGGACAGUCCGCGAAGCGAUUGAGGAGGAUGCUAUUGCUUACCGAGUUCGUGAACGAGACGCUUGGAAGCACGCCAUGGCUUUCUACGCCAAUUCAAGCCAGAACACACAAAGUGAUAUACUUGAUCUCAUCUUCGACGUCGACAGCAGGAACUACUUUCGACUACACUGGUAUCGAUUGCAUAAGCGUUUCCAACAAAGCGAACACGUCCUUCCAGAUUGCGACUGUUUGAAGGCUGCCCAGGAUGAAGUUGACUCUGUUCAAGAGCUCAAGUAG